UAAUUGUUGACAGAGCCGCUAGAGGUCAGUGUUUCUCUCUGGUAAAACUGACAGAUUCUUCCGGGACUCAAACCUCUGCAGGACUUUACUCUGUUUUCGCUCUUGUCUGUAUCAUCAUGUCUUCGGUUCAGAUGUCAGAAGGUUCGGUUCGGGUGGAGAUCUGCGGAGAUCAGCCGCUGUUCUACCGACAGGCGCUUCCGUUGAGCGGUACCGCCGAACUCUGCGUCCUGUUGCUGCACGGGAUCCGGUUCUCAUCGGAAAACUGGCUGAAAAUCGGGACUCUGGAGACUUUAGCUGCCGCGGGUUACCGAGCUGUGGCGAUUGACCUGCCAGGUUUGGGUCAGUCUAAGGCGGCGGAGGCCCCGGCUCCAGUGGGUCAGCUGGCUCCAGCCGUGUUCCUCAGACAGGUGUGUGAGGGUCUGAACACCGGCCCUGUGGUAAUCAUCAGCCCGUCUCUCAGCGGCAUGUACUCGCUGCCGUUCCUCUUCCAGCACUCAGAGCAGGUCAAGGCCUACAUCCCUGUAGCUCCCAUCUGUACAGAGAAGUUCUCCGCAGAGCAGUACAGCAGCAUACAGACUCCAGCUCUUAUAGUUUAUGGAGAUCAGGACACUCAGCUUGGUGAAGUGUCGCUAAGCAACCUGAGUCAUCUGCCCAAUCACAAAGUGGUGGUAAUGAAGGGGGCGGGGCAUCCUUGUUACCUUGAUGAUCCAGAGACCUGGCAUAAGGCAAUCCUGGCCUUCCUAAAUUUGUUGUGGUCAUAUUAAAAACCCUAAUUAAUAGUAGUAAACUAGUGUACUAAUUGAAAAUAUUAAUUACAGACCUGAUCAAUAUGAAGUACAUCAGAAACACUCACUUUUUUGGUAUGUAACCUUGCAUAAUCAUCUUUGUUUGAUAUUAUUUGCAAAUGUGGACGCCUGGCAGUUGUGUUGAGAGAUGCGUUGAAGACUUGAGUCAAUGUGAAAAAUGACAUCAGAAGUGGAAAACUUUGGUCAAAAAAUGUACAUUUACACACAAACUGACCCCCAACCACAACUUUCAGAUGCCAUCUUAAUUUUUUAGAAUGAAACGCACAGGAUUGUGGGAUAUCAAAGGCAGCGAAGGAUACAUCUAUGCUGCUUUCAAAAAUAUCUCAGGAGACGGGAAGUGAAGCUAAAAUUGAAGGCAAAGCAUUUCGAUCGCCCCCUGGUGGCUGGCUGCAGUAUAGGCCAUAAACCCCGCCCUCUCCAUGUAACUGAAUGGGAUGUGAGCCAAACUAAAAAAAUCCAAUUACACUUCAAAUUUUUUUCCAAAGAUGGUUUGUGUCAUUUUAGGUAGUUCUUAUCACGCAGAUGUAAAUUCAAGUGUUCGUUUUCCCAGUAAGUUUGGUUUUGGUUAGUUAUUUGAUGCUAUAAAAACAGGGCGUAACGUCAUGAUUGACAGUUGUGAGUGAGUCUGCGGGAGUGUGGGCGGGACCUUGAUGCCACAGCUCCACCUCAGGAUCACUACUGCACAGACUCGGGCUCCGAACUACAUAAUCGGCAAUGACCGUUACUGGGAUAUUUUGGAUUCAUUUUCCUACAGUGGAAAGAAGCGGAGACGUGCCAUCCAUCUUUUUUUUUUACAGUCUUAUGAUUCAGAUUUGCCUUGAUGCCUUCCUACCUUGGAAUGCAUUAUCAGAAGGCAGCAUUUUUAAGCUUUCAGAUGUAGCCAAUGAGAAAAUAAUAUAGGACAUGAUUUUAUCCAUCUGGAACUAAAUGGACCGUGAAAAUGCAUGUUAUAGAUUUUAUUGUGAACAAUUUAUCCAUGCAUGCAAUUCAUUUUUUGUUUUUAAUUUUUUUGACCUCAUAAUGUUUGAUCAAAACAUAAUAACCGGACAUUGAAAUGACAAACUGGUGAUAUAUGCAGGAGUUCUCCGCUUUUGUGUUAAUAUGCUCAACAUUCUUGACGAAAUAGUGCAAUUUGUUACUUUUUUGCUUUCAAAAGACAGAUAAAUAGAAACUGCAACUAAAAACCAAUCAUUAUGUAUAUUUUCAACACAUCUUAAGAAUGUAGUACAGUACUAUGGUGUCACAUGUUAAAAUUGGGACCAAUGACUUUGUUUAUGUAGCCAUCACUAAUGAACCUCUAUAACAUGUUGAUUGCACCAGAAAAAUAAACAUUACACAAUGCACUGAAGUGAAAAAUAUGAACAUUAUUUAAUAACUGAUUCUCUGUAAUAAACAAUUUGAAAAUA